UGUAUUUACCCGAAAUACUCUGGUCCUUCCACUUCUUACUCAAAAAAAAAUCAAAAUUCGACUUUCCAUUUUCAGUUCUCUCCAACGCUCAACAGAUUCAACUAGGAACUUCCUGUUAACGUUGUUGCAUCCCCUAUUGAAUGAAAAGGAUGCAUAGCAGUAGGAUUGUUAUCCAGGCAUUGCCUGCCCCUGGGGCUCCAGACUACUGGGAUGCUGAGAAGGGUAAGGGUGGUACUAAACUGAGAAAGCUGAAUAGCAAAGCUGCUUUUAGCAGAGGCCAUCAUAACAAAAAAGUUGAUGACCUCAUUCCCUGGCAGGCAAAAAGAAUGAGAAACAAGCAAAAUAGGAGGGUAUUUUGUAUUGGUAAUGCUGACCACAUAUUAAGAGCUCCAUUGAGGAUCAUGGGUCAAGAAAAAAAUUCACAUCUCUGGUCUUCUGAAAAUAUCAAAUCAAGUACAAAAGUAGGAAGUUGCAUUGCGGACUUGAGUGCAUGGAAGGUAAAGAAAAGAAGAAGCAUUCUGGAGAGCAAGUGUAUUGCCUCGGAAAAUAAUGUAACUACUUGUGAACAGGCAAAUGAUGCUGCUAUAACAGGGAAGAAUCCUUUAGAUAAAGGUAUAAGUUCAGAAAUGGGAGUUGCCACAUGCUAUGAAGGAGAUUUGGUGAUGAGCAGUAGUGAGAUAAGGGCAUGUCUGUCCAAGAAUAUAUGUGAUGGGGCAGAAAAAACUAAUUGGAACAAUCCCUCUAAGUCUACUGGUGCUGAUCGUGAUGUGGAAACUUGUAGUGAUAGGUGCGGCAGUGACAUUUCUAAGGAUCAUAUUUUUGUUACUUUGGAGUCGAAGUCUGUCUCUGAAGUUGAAAAUCGGGAUGAGACAGUUUCUAAUGUAGGCGAUACUUUGACUACUGAACAUGGUAAUUUUGUUGAGGUCAAUAAUGCUGCAAUUGAGAUGAGGGGUCUGCAUAGACACCCAAGGCUGGAAGUGCUGAUAACUUAUUCCAGGAAGAGGAGAAAGAAUUCUAGUGCUCCCGCAAGCAGUUUAUCAUCUAUCAUGACGGAUGCUGCCUCCUCUUUUCCAAUUAUAGAAAACAAAACAAAAACCACCAGCUCAAACCACUACCAAGUGUCUUUAUCGUACUGCUCCGAUAAUUUGCCUGAAGAAGUAAUUACUGGAGGCAGUACCUUGUUGACGGGUGUGCAACAACUGCUAUUAGAGAAGGUUCCUGGUGACAGUUCAUGCUCUGAAGCUUGGAAUAAAAAGGAAAUAAUUCAACUUGAUGAUCAGAAAGAGAACAUCAACAGUCCAAUGGUUUCUAUCAAGGAUGAGUGUCCAAUAGACUCCAAAGCAGAAAAUUCUGAGCAGGAGAAUAUAAAUGAGGCAGAUGCCACUGUGAAUGUGGCAUAUGAAAUUGAAUCUACUAAAGAGAGUUCACAUUGUGCAAGGUCUUGUGGUCUUAGGGCCUCCAAUGACACUAAUAGUAUGAUCACAACAAAUGAACCCUUGAAUGGGGAAAGACAAUCAGCAACUGAAGACAGUCCUCAUUCAAGAACGAGUGCUUUUGUAGAUGGGAAGACUCAAAUCACAAAUAUGGCUAUCAUCCCUCCUUUGGGUGGAGUGCUUAAUGCACCUUCUAGUAAGAAGCUUCUUGUACUUGAUGUAAAUGGAUUACUUGCUGAUAUUGUUCCGAUUCGUCAUGUUCCAUAUAAUUUGAAAGCGGAUAUCAUUGUAUCAGGGAAAGCAGUUUUUAGAAGGCCUUUUCUGGAGGAUUUUCUGCAAUUCUGCUUUGAGAGAUUCAAUGUAGGUGUAUGGUCAUCAAGGAUCAAGAAGAAUAUGGAGUUGGUUCUAGAUGUUCUUCUGAGAAAUGCCAAGCACAAGUUGGUCUUUUGUUGGGAUCAAUCCCACUGCACUGAUACAGGUUUUCCUGUUGUCGGGAAAAGGAGGACCAAGCCUAUUAUCUUGAAGAAGCUUAAAAUGUUAUGGGAUAAAUCUGAACCAGAUCUUCCAUGGGAGAGAGGUGAAUAUGAUGAGUCAAACACACUUUUAUUGGACGACUCUCCUCACAAAGCCUUGUGUAAUCCACCAAAUACAGCAAUAUUUCCAAAUUCAUACCAUUAUUUGGAUGAGAAAGAUGACUCGUUAGGGCCCGGCGGUGAUCUGCGUGUUUAUCUUGAAGGAUUGUCCAUGGCAGAAAAUGUUCAGGAGUAUGUAGAGAGUAACCCAUUUGGUCAACGACCUAUCACUGAAAAGAACGUAUCUUGGCGUUACUAUCGCAAGGUUAUUGAUGCCGCGACAUAUUUACAAGAAAGCGGUACUAACAAAUUCUCAACUUAUAGAUGUCGAUAUUGAUGGAAAACUUGAUUUUCGCAACGUGUGUUUUUUGUAUAAAACCUAUAGUUGGCUCGGUAGCUUUUUGAUUGAUGUAGCUGGGAUAUCUACCUUAUUACAAUGGGCAACAAGUCCAACAACGUAGAAUACUUGCCUUUGCUUUGUGGGCGUACACUCAGCGGACACGUCUAGAAGCAGCUUUUUGCACGGCAUUUUGCAUAUACUUACCUCAUACCUAACCCAAACGACUAGUUAUUUUUGGCCCAACCAAACUAUUUAGGAAGCAAGUUGUAUAUCGUAGGGUUAAUUUUUGUUGUAAACUUGUUCUAGUCCUUGUGACCAUGCAGAUUAAUCUGUUAUGUAUUGUAUACAGCAGUAAUAGAAAUAUUCUUACUCUUA